AUGACAACCACACCUUGUAAUCAAAGUAUUGGAUAUAACUUUACCCAGAUAAGAAUUAUAUUGCGCUGCAUUUUCUUUCUGAUGUGUCUUUUGCAGUUAAGGCACUCAAUGCUGGUUGUUAUGAGGGCCGUCACCCUGAAUCCAAUUAUUAUAAAUGGCACCUACAUAAAUCCAGAAUUAAGCAAGUAUCAUGCUAGGCUGAGAACGCUCGCUCGGAGCUGCCUGGAUAUCAAAGAGAAAUAUGGUGCUUCAUAAGAUGGCAUUUACUUCCUGACAACAGAGAGUGGAUCAGUUUAUCAGACUUUCUGUGAUAUGACCACAGCCGGAGGUGGCUGGACUCUUGUGGCCAGUGUGCAUGCGAACAAUUUAAACGGGAGGUGCUCUCUCGGUGACCGCUGGUCAAGCCAGCAGGGUAAUGAACAGCACCAGCCUGAAGGAGACGAAACAUGGGUGAACACCCAUACGUUUGGAACUGCAGAGGGUUCUACGAGUGAUGACUACAAGAAUCCUGGGUACUAUGACAUCCCUGCACAAGAUGUAAACAACGAGUUGUUGAAAAACUGGAUGACUGCUGCCAUACUACGAUAUCACACAGAGAACCUUUACAACUUAUUCAAGAAAUACCCUGUGAAGUUCGCAGCAGGGGACUGUAAAACCGAUAUGGGACCCACAGUGGUGUAUGAUGCUGGAAACAAGGAUUCAACAGCAGACUUAUACGGACCACCUGCUAGAAAGGAGUUCGAGUCUGGCUUCAUCACCUUCAGAGUGUUCAACACUGAUAAAGCAGCCACGGCCAUGUGUUCUGGAGUUAUUCCAACUUGAUGUAAUCCGCAACUUUUGCUGUAUUGUAUUGGUGGAGGAGGAUUUUUCCCUGAGCGACACCAGUGUGGAGACUUCACAGCUCUUGACGGGAGCAGCGACGGAACAAAGAGAGAAAUGACUGCAUCUAAAGAAAUGACUGAAUCAGCUGUGCUGCUCUUCUAUCGUUAA